CAUAGCGAAUAUGGAAAGUGUCGGUGAGCAUUUUUGGUUAUUAUUAUUAUAACCGUUAAAAGCGGUCCACGCGCUUAUACGAGCUCAUAAAUACAUACCCUAAAACACACAGGCAUACAUACAUACACACCUAAUAUAAAUUGAUGUAAAAAUUGAGUUGAAAGUAAAUAAAUAAAAUACGAAUAAACGAAAAAUAAAACAAUAAACAAUAAUAACGGAAAAUUGCAAAUUAUGAAAUAACUCGAAAUGAGGUACCGAAAAAUAAUGUAAGCUCGAAAAUAGAAGUUAUAAUGCGUGGAAUAUACAUACAUAGAUACCUAAAAAUCAGUGUUGCUAAAUUUUGAAUAUACAAAUAAAUCAAAUCAGCAAAAUUAAUUAGCAAUAAAAUUAAUAAAGAAACCAGAAAAUAUGUACUAAAAUGAUUUUUUAAAGUAAUAACAACAACAGCUUGUGAAUCAACUUUAACCUCACAAAAUAUCAAUAAAUUGUUGCUAAAAUUUAUUAUAAUUAUUUUGUAACCAUAAAGGCCACAACAAUUGAAGGCAAAUUUGAAACUAAUUGGGGGACAAAAAACUUCAGCCCUAACCGCAGCUGCGCAAAUGCGCCCGACGUUAAAACCGCACUGCGCACAUACCGACUUGUGAGCGCCCAAAAUGGGAGCGUGGAAUGUCAGUGAGAAAUUACGAAACACCCAAACCCAACUACAAUGAAAGCGGUAAAACCAACUCAACUUCGAGGGCAAUAAACAACAAUAAAAAACGCAAAACAAAAAUUUCGAGCCGCUAACGAAGGUUCAUCGCUGUGCGGGUGGCGGAAGACCGAGGGAACGAAAUUUAAAUUUUUAAAACUCAGUCAAGAGCUAAUUUGAAUUACGCGCUGAACUUGGGCAGCCACUUGCGGAGAAGCGGCACAAGAAACGCUUUAAAACGCAACUCCCCUAAAGUUAAUAGCAAAACAGAACAACAACAAAAAUGUCAAGAAGCUCCACAAGUAGAUUAUGGGAGCUUCUCAUUUCGGCAUUGAUUAUACAAGCAUUGGCAAGCGCUUUGCCGCACACACACACACAAUUCCAGCGACGGCAUUUGAGCCGGCGAAGUUUGGAGUCCGCUUUGCGCGACCAUGACAUUGCGGCGAUGGCAGCGAGCGAUUUGAGCGAUCAAAACACCAACGACGAUGCAGAAAACUUAAAAUCCAAGUCAUCGGAAGGCGCCGACGCUGACGCUACUGCCGACACGCUUAGUGAAAGUGAAAAUACGCGAUCGGUGAAAAGCACAAAAUUACUGCCCGCGUUUAGUAAUAAUGGCGCCGACAACGCAGGUGAACACAAGUCAGGCGAAACGUUGGUGCUAAAUCGGGUGGAAAGUCGCGAGGUGAAGAGUGCAGCUGGUCACGAAGCGAAAGAAGUGAUGGAGGAAAAUGAGAGUAAUACGAAAGACGGAAGCAAAGAUGUUUCCACAGGGCAUCAAGGUGCAAGUGAGGUUACAAAUAGCCGAAAGUUUAGUGAAGAAGAAGAGGAGUCUAAAGCGGAUGUCGUCUUUAGCCAUGCUGAUGACCGGCCGAAGAAGCCGCUGGCCACUGUAAACUUAGAGAGGCAUAUCAACAACGGAUUGGAUGAAAUGACGUUGCGGGCCGAUAACGAAAAACUCAAAAGCGAGGCUACCUUGGAUGAAAAAGCUGCACAACCAGCGGCGACUGAAGAAAUCUUAAAAGAUUUAGAAAAUGUUGCAUUGAAGGUGAUUAUGACAACACCGAGGCACGCGGACGAUGCUAACGACCGGCUUGAAGGUGUGGGAAAACAAGACAUGAGCACUUUACAAACGUCGAUGGGUCGGUCGAUGGACACCGCGCAGAGCAAUGAGAACAAAUUGGAAGUGGUCUUUGGUGAAAAACCGAUCGCAGAGACUGUGCUGCUAACAGCUGAACCAAUUUUAGCCACAAAACCAAUGUUGAAAGAAAUGGAAGAGAAAGAAAAAGAGUUGGAAACUGAAACGAAGCAGCAAGAAACUGGAAUAGAAACAAAAGCAACAAUUGAUAACCACACAGCCACUCAAGAUGAAAAGCUUUCAUAUUCAAAUGACAGAGUCGUCAUCCUUGAAGAACCCCUGGUAAAGCAAAUCACGGCAGCGGAAGAAAUGCAAAAGCAAGCGCGAACAACAUCUGUUGAUGUCACAGCGGGACCUUUUGCAGGAUCAACAAAGCAUUCGGAAGUAGCCCACGGCGAAGAGACACGUGAAAAUCUACAAAACAAUCGCACUUCGACGCAUGAGAAGCGCGGAAAAUUCUUCAACGAUAAUUCCACGAAUGUCAAAAAUAUGAAUCUGCCUGAUGGGCCCGAGGUUUGGUCCUUAGCAGGUAUGAGAAUGGUGCCGAAAACGAUAUAUCACAACGACACAGCUAUGCUACUCGCUGACACAGACAGCGGUGGGAUGGAUCCACGUUGGCAGGCAAAUGAGAUUGUGACCACCGAGCGUACAAUGAAUGUGAGCGAUUACAGCGAGAAAAAUUUACUAGAUUGGUCUAAAGUGAUGGGAAUGCGCGAUGAGUUCGAAAAGAAUCAUUUGACGGACGAGGCGUCGAAGAAGGAAAAUGAAGAGAUUGUUGAGAUGUCAAAUUCAAAGGUGGUGUUACCCACACAAUCAUCUGAAAAUUGGAAAACCGAAGGGCCUUCUAGGACCAACGAUAGCGCAGGGAGUAAUACUCCCGCUCUAAGCGCUACCGAAGGUGUUGCAGAUUUGAAAGUUGGUGAGCAAUUAUCGACCACUCAUACGUUUAAUGAGAUUGAUACAAUCCAGGGCAUAACAAUAGCAACAGGUUCAUCUGUAAGUACCACUACCAACCCGCCCACCGUACAAAUAUCACAUUCAAGUAGCUCGCCCUUAUCAGUUGGUCAUAAGAGUGAUAAACAAGCGGUUUCUAUAAGCACGAAUACAACUGCCGGUGUUGGAGAGCCGCUGAAUGACUUAUCGCCCACGUCCACUGAAUCAUCCACCCUACGCCAGAAUGAAGAGAAAACAGGUGUAGAAGUAUUCAGCGCAGCUGUGGAGAGCAGCACGCAACGCCAGUCAAGCGAUGAUUUCAAUUUCAUUAUUACGUCAACGACGCCGUUGAUCAAAGCCAACGUAACUGCCGACGUAAACACAGCUACAGAAGUAGCAAUUAAUGAUACAACAACACCAACGACUACUGCAUUACCCACAGCAACAUUGUUAGCGGCGCUCCCAGUUGAGCAGUCAACCUCGACGGUAUCACCCCCAAUCCUCACAGAGGUGCUAAAGCAUUCGAAUAAUCCAACGGUAAUGAACGCGCAACCCGAGACGACAGAAUUCACGCAGCCAGCAAACAAUGCCGACGCAGGCGUUCGCAGUGGCAGCGCUGUUACACUUGAGCACCACUUGAAACGAGAACCCGAAACUGAAACCGAGGCUGUAACUGUGACUGCAGCUACGGCUGAGGAGCAAGCCACAUUGCUAGCAGUUAGUGAGCAAUCGACUAGCGAAGCGAACGGUUUGAUAAGUGCAGGCGAGCAAAAAGCGUAUGUGAACGUGAACGCGAGCGUGACAGCGGGUGAAGAGGGUGUCGCGACGCAAAACGAAGCCCCAAGUGUUACCACGGAAACUACGACUGAAAGUAAUCAAAUUGCUGCAACGACGACAACAAUAAUUAGUAUAGUAAACACAACGGUAUCGUCAACCGAUUUGGUGGAAACCAAUGUCAGUGAAAAAACAAUUAAAGUGCUCGCAGUGACAGCAACAACAACGGAAGUUGCCCAAAUCGGUAAUGAAGUGGAAUUAGAUGUACGCACCGAGCCCAUUACAGACAUAGCUAAGAAGGGGCCGACGGACACAGCAAAAACGACAUUAAAUAGCGACACAGGUUCAAGUACAAUUGUGAGGCUCGAAGAGACGACAGCGGCAGACAUUGCAGAGGCAAAUACAACAGCAAAAACUGUGUCGUCCAUAAAUGAGUUAUUAGUGCCAGUGAAUAUAACAACAACAACAACAACAACAACAGCAAAAGCAACGCCACUAAGCACAACAGCCGAACCAAUUACGACGCCACCAACGCAAGUCGCCGUAGAACAGGUUUUGCACGCGGCAACAACCCUUAAAAGUGACGAAAAGGAAAUCGUAAAAGAAGCAACAACUACAAUAAUUCCACUAGAAACAACAGUAACAGUGCAAGCAAGUGGGUCAGUGCUCGAGAAUUCCACUGCUGCUACGACACCAACACCUGUCGCUACUCAACAUCGCACAGCUUUGGCGGCAGAGGGCACACAUGACACAGAAAGCUCAAUCGAAACGAAUGUCAUCGAUCAACAACUGGACAAGACGGCAGUGAAAAUAACUAAUACAACCACCAGCGCACCAAUAACAACAACCACCACUGAAGCCAGUGUCGCCGAGGAGGACGUAAGGGAAAAAGUUGAGACAGAAACUGAAGUGGCAAAUGGUGUAUCUACGUUUCAGUCCGCGAAUGUAAACAAUGUGACUACAUUGCCCGAUAUCCAAGAAACAAAAACAACAGCAGCUAUCAGCACAACCACAACUCCUGCCACAACUACCACCAGUACUACCACCAUGGCUGCCGUACCAUUAAGUCCCGAAAGCACUAUAGCACCGCAGAUUCCUGUCGUAAAUGCAAAAAACAUCAGCGCAACUACGACCAGCACCACCGAGCCACCGCUCAUCAGUUUGCUCGAUGAAUCCACGACACCGACGUCCAUGACAUCAACACUUGCGUCCAAUCAACCAUCUACAACUACCUCCAGUGUUGUCGUGAACCCACAGGAAGUGUACACAGUAGUCUCUACCACCGAAAAAGCAUCUAGCACCAGUACCAGCACCACUGCCUCGACCUAUACUCCUGCAGUGCCAAUCGCAACCAUCACAAGCACCUCCGAUGCACCUGUGGUCUCAUCAUCAACCAACACAUACACUACCACAGUGGCCAGUACAAUAGCAACUGUAACCACAACAAUACUACCGCCCACACUGCAAGCCACCAUUGGUAUCGGUGGCAGCGGUGCACCUAGUCAUCCACCCAGCAUAAUCAGUGCCGGUAUCCGUCCGAACUCAAGUGAUGCCAAUGAGACGGAUGUAAAUGUCAUUAUAGCCAUUACCGUGAGCAUUAUUGGUGUGGUGGCGCUCAUAUUACUCGUCGCUUUCCUCUAUCUAAUGCGUAAGCGUCAGAAGCAAAUGUCCUAUGGACAGCGCUGUCGUCCAGUAAGUUUGGAUGCCUAUAGUCUGGAUAACGUGUCUGUACUGGGCAGUGUGCGUCGGAAAGGUGCUUUGCGCGCCUCGAAACGAUCUUAUGGCAAUAUUGCUUUCGAUGAUCCCUCGUUGAGACAUAAUGCUCUGAGUGCAAGUGAGUUGGCUAAGUUUGUGGAACGUCGGUCGAGUAUAUUUGAAGAAUUCAGGGAUGUGCCGCAAAUUAUAGCGCGUGCUGACGAAGUGCCACCGGGCUGUGAAGAUAAAAAUCGAUAUGCCAAUGUGAUACCGCUUCCUGAGACGCGUGUCGUACUGCAGCAGCUUGGAGAUGAUGACAAAACAGAAUAUAUAAACGCCAAUUAUGUCAGGGGUCCCAAGGACUCGCCCAACUACUAUAUAGCCACACAGGCGCCACUCGAAACAACAGUUGUGGAUUUCUGGCGAAUGAUUUGGGAGCAAGAAUCACGCGUGAUCAUCCAAGCGACGGAUCUCUAUGAGAACGGUAUCGAGAAGUGUGCUGAAUAUUUGCCACCAUCUGUCACACUGGACAAUCAUACGACUUAUGGCGAUUUCCAAAUAACCCUCAAACAUCGUGAAGUCAAAGAUAAAUAUGCCAUCUCGACGCUGUUGUUGAAGAACACAGCUGAGAAUAUGAGUCGUGAACUCACACAUUACUGGUACAAAUGGCCUGAGGCGGGUGUACCCAGCGAAGAGGCGCCCAUUAUUGCAAUGCUAUUGGAGGCGCGCUCUUCACUCAAGGGUUAUGUCAAUGAGGCGAGAGAUAAGGGUUCGAGUGGCACGCUAAAAGCAGAUGGCAAUGGUGAGACGUUGCAAAAUGGUAAUGGCGUUACGGUUAUAACAGUCGAUGAUGUGAGCGAUAAAACCGAAGCGGAACGCGUGAAUGGUGCAGGAAAGGAAAAUGCGGAGAUUAAUGGCAAUGUUUCGGCGAUGGACAAAAUGAGGAGUACGACGUUAAGGAAUCAGGGUCCCUUAACGAUUCACUGCUCUCCAGGUACCGGACGCACCGGCACAAUCAUCGCCUGUGACAUGGCCAUACGAAGUUUGGAGACCCCGAAGCGUUCCGUUGACAUUCCGCAAAUCGUCUAUUAUGUGCGGCGAGGACGAGCCAGCGCCGUCCAAACUAAGGAACAAUACGAAUUUAUUUACAAAGUGGCGCAUAUGUAUGCGACAAAGAUUACAAAUCUAUCAAAUGAUAAUUGAAAGCGGUAAAAUAUUACCGUUAUUUAUCAAUAACAAUAUUCAUCGCUAUACAAACGAAAAUGCAAUUCACAGCAUGAGCUUACGAACUCAAUACACACGAUGGAUGUGUCAUGCGUUUUCGCAUUGGAACCACCCAUAGUCAGGAGGUAUAAGCGCGUAUGUAUGUAGAUACUCGUACAUAAUCGUAUUUAGCAUUGCAGUAUUUCGCGAAGAUUUUUCGUUUGUAUAUGUGUUGUAGUAGUAGUAUGUAUGUAUAUUUUUAUGUAUAAAAAAAUCUUUGCCACCUAGUGAAUUUAAUUUCUUGCACUCUUCUUCUUCCAAUAAUUUCCUUGCAUUACCUUGUAUGUAUGUAUUUGUUUUUUUAAGAAAGUUGUAUGCAAAUUAAUUUAAUUUGUAUAAAUGCGUGUGCAGCGCUUUAAAUAAUAAUAAUUAUUAUAAUACUAUUGAAAUGUAUUCCUCUAUUAUUGUGAUAUAAACAUACAUACAUAUUUUCUUUAUUGCUAUAAAUUAUGUUUUGUUUAAUUAAGUUGUAAAUACAAAAAUAAGUACGAUUAUGUAAAAAGAAGCAGAAGGAUACCCGCAUAUCCGCAUAUUGAAAAGUUGUAGAAAACUGUAAAACCACUCAUUUGUAUGUAUGUAAAUUAAUUUACGAGAUAUUACCAUGAAAGAAUA